AAUGACUUCCUCUGCCAUGAUCCAACCGCGCUGCACCCUGCACCAGGCCAGGAGCACCCGGCGCCCUGAACCGUCCCGCGCAAGCUUCGCCGCUGCCGCCACAGUUAACGAGGCCGCCUCAUCGCCGUCCAUCUCCGCGAGGGCGAGUGCGCGGGUUACCUCAGCAGCGAGGAGGACGAGCACGACGGCAUCAUCUGUCGCAACCAUGUGGAGGCAGGUCCAGGGGUCCCACGACUGGGACGGCCUGCUCCAGCCGCUGCACCCCGUGGUUCGCGACGAGGUGGCGCGCUACGGCGAGCUCGUCGGCGCCUGCUACAAGGUGAUGGACGUCGACCCGUCGUCGGCGCGGUACAUGUGCUGCAACCACGCCAAGGAGCGCGUCCUCGAGGAGGCCGGCGUGGCUGAGGCAGGGUACGAGGUGACGCGCUACAUCUACGCAACGCCGGACGUGGCCGUGGCCGGCGGUCCGUCCACUAGCGGCCGCGGCCGCGGCCGCGCCAGCUGGGUCGGGUACGUCGCUGUGUCCACCGACGAGAUGACCCGGCGGCUCGGCAGGCGCGACGUCCUCGUCUCGCUGCGCGGAACGGUGACGCAGGCAGAGUGGGCGGCCAACCUCAUGAGCGCGCUCGAGCCGGCGCGCCUCGACGCGCGACAGGACGUCAAGGUCGAGGCCGGCUUCCUCAACCUGUACACCUCCUCGCCCGGCGGCGGCGGCGGCGGCAUGGGGAGCUGCCGAGACCAGCUCCUCCGCGAGGUGUCCCGCGUCAUCAAGUCUUUCUCCAAGGACAGGCCCCGUGAGGACAUGAGCGUCACCCUGGCUGGGCACAGCAUGGGAAGCGCCCUGGCGAUGCUGCUCGGCUACGACCUCUCCCAGCUCGGCCUCAACCGCGACGCGUCAGGGCGCCGCGUCCCCGUCACCGUCUUCUCCUUCGGCGGGCCGAGAGUAGGGAACGCGGCCUUCAAGGACCGCUGCGACGAGCUCGGCGUGAAGGUGCUGCGCGCCGCGAACGUCCGCGAUCCGGUGACCAUGCUCCCGGGCGCCCUCUUCAACGAGGGCACGAGAGGGUUCCUCGCUUCCUGGGCCGCCGGCGACAGCUACACGCACGUCGGCGUGGAGCUCGCCCUCGACUUCCUUAGCCUCCGCGACCUGGGGAGCGUUCAUGACCUCGGCGCGUACGUAUCGUCGAUCAAGGCCGGAGCCUGUGGCAAGGUGUCCAAGUCCGACAAUGCGGUGGCGGACAGCAGAGGCGCCGCCGUCCUCGCGAAGGCGAUGGAGUUCGUCGGGAUUCAGCGCGCCGCCGCGUUCGCAUUGCCAGACGCCGCUCUCGGCAUUGGCGGCGUGGUGCAAUCUCUCGGUUUGAUCUGACGGAGAGAUUGAACUCCGGAGAUAUUCUUGUUUUACUGGGCCAUUAAUUCUUAAGCCUCUUUCAAUUGUUUCCGGAGGCUUAAAUAAUCACUUUAGUCAGGGUAACAUCGCAACCCUUUUUGCCUUUUGUCAAGGCUGUAGUAUGUGGUUGUUUCUUACCGACAGAUAGAAGAAUGCACAGAGCUUGCUGUUCAUACAACGUUUGACGCAAGUGGGUACGGAUUUUUUUUUUUCCAGACACAUAAGUGGAGUUUAGAUUGAUAGAUAGAUAGACAUUAAAGUGUCUGUGUUCUUUAAAACUUUUCUUUGGGCUGUGUAUCCUGUUGCAGAGGUCGGGAUACUUAUGUUCCAGAUGACUGUACCUUCUCGAUGCAUUGUCUUUAAUUUUAACACAAGAUUCCAUAA